AUGCUACAACAACCGGUGGCCAAGGAGCUGCGCUCCUUCCAAAGCCUCUCCAAAUACACUGGGCUUCCUUCUAAAAGGUAUCGCUAACCCGUUUUUGGUUUUUAACAUGAACUUUUCGCAAAUUAACUACUAAGUUUAAACUUUUUACUUUAACUACUAAUUUCGAAUUUUUAUUCUAUUUGAUCCAUACUUUUAUGUUGAGCUACCCCAGUUUUAAAUUUUGAUGUCAAUUAGGCUUACAAGGAAAGUGACCUCUUUGGUACCUUCCUUGUUAACUUAUAAUUUUUAAAAGUUUAUGCCACUAAUCUAUACAAAAACUAUUAAAAAUUUUAUUUUUACCCAGUAUAGCUUUUAAGCUUUUAAAGAUGAUUUUGUUUUAAAUUUGUGGUUUUAUAUGAUAGCUACCACCUUUUGUACUUUAAUACACACUGUAAAGUCAUUUCUACUGUUAUAGAGAUCAAAUAGCAAAAAAAAAAUUUUCAAAUUGAAAAAUUUUUUUUGCUUUUUCUAAAGCCCCGUGAAAAAAAAUUUUUUUGAUAUUUUUAUAAUUUUUUCAAAAUCCCCAUUAGCCUAACAUAAGCGCUAGCUCUAUCUUAAGCUACAACUUUAACCCGAGCUCUAGCCUAAACCCUUGGCUUAAUUCUAAUCCUUAGCCUAAGCUCUAGCCUAAGCUUUAGGUUAAAUUAUAUUCUUAGCCUUACGCUAAGAAUUAGCACAAGCAAGCCAAACAAUUUUUUUUGCAUUUUCUUUCUUUACAGGUUAAAAUCAUUUACUAAGAUCCGGUCCAGAUCUCCAGCUUUUUAAAAAUAUUCCACCCUACCUCUUUCCGCUCAAAUCAUAGAGCUUUCAUCAAACCUUUAUCAACAAAAAAUAUUAAUCAUUACUACCCCCAAAACCCUCACUAACUUCCCCAACUUCAGGUCGGUCAUGAGGCGACAAUCCACCGUCGCCAACCGCCGCUACUCGAAUCAGCGCCGACGCCGACUCGACUCCCAAAAUGAUGAAGUAAGUUUUUUUUGUUUUAAAGGCGGCGGCCUGGAAUUUAUUAUGCAAAGCUUUUCGUUUCCACUAAUGGGUUAGGGGGGGGGCCUCAACUUAACUUAAGGAUUUUUAGGGUCCUUAUGCCAAUGUUUGCGGAUGAAGCGCCGCUUUUUCAAACAAUUUUCAUGCAUGGGUUACAAAAACAGUUGCUUCAAUAAUUGGCAUAGGUUUGGGAGAAAGUUUACGAUUCUUCGAGGGUUUGUGGGGGUAGAUUUUUGAAAUGAUUUUUUAACGGUUUGAAGGGUCGAUUUUGAAAUUUGUUUAUAAGGGUUUGGGGGGGGACGAUGGGGAGGGGGGAUUUAAAUUCUUUUUUUUUAUUUAAAUUCGGGUUUUCAAACUUAUAGCUUUAAGGGUUUAAGACAGGAGUUGUAAAGGUAAGGCACGGUAUAGUAUGAUAGGAUAUGGUAAAACAGUAACGUGUAAGAUAAGGUAGAGUUGUGUAGGGUAGGCUAUAAUCAAGUAGGGUGAGAUAAUACAGGGUAUGGCAGGGUGGAAUAGGGUAGGAUAAGAAAGGGUAGGGUGGCUUUGAGUAACCAAAUUUUGAAUAAGAUAGGGCAACUAGUAGGUAGGGUAAGGUAGGGUAGGGUAGGGUAGGGUAGGAAACUCAAAACAAAAAAAAUUAAAAUCAAACCCAUAAAAGUGCAAAGUCCCCAAAACCACCCCUAGUCUGUACAAUUUGCCAAACUUGUAAAAACACACCUGUCGUGUAAACCCAAACACGACAUAUUUACAAUAUGGGUAAUGUUGUUGUGUUCGUGUCACAAAAUAACCUCAAUUUUUAUGCUUAAUCAAAUUCGGGGCUAUUUUAGUAAUAUUAAACUUGGUUUUGGCAUUGGGAUAGAGUAAAAUAUAAAAUUAAAAAAAUUUUUUUUUGUUUUCCCUUCUCUUUUUUUUAAAACAGCUCAAAGAACUAGCAGCACAAGUUUAAUUGUAAAGAAAAUACUGCACUGUGCAAAAUACUAGGCUGUUCAAAUAAUUCUGCGCUCCCUAACCCCGAAAAUUUGCAUUGAUAUAAGGCUCAGAAUUAUUUGAACAAUAUAACAUUAGCUUGUUCAGUUAAUUCUGUGCCUCUUAACCCAAAACAAAUUGUUUUGAAAGGAGCACAGAAUUAUUUGAAUGACCAAUUUCUUGCUUUUUCAAUUAAUUUUGAACCGCUCAACUCCAAAAUUUUGCUAUGAAAGGAGGCACAGAACAAUUUGAAUGACCAAUUUCUUGUUUGUUCAAUUAAUUCUGAGCCCUCAACUACAAAAAUUUGCUUUGAAAAGAAGCACAGAACUUUUUUAACAACUAUAUUGAUUUUGCCUUUUUUUAUUUUUUUUGAAACAAAAUUUUAAAAUUUUAAAAAACUUUUUUAAAUUUUUUAUUUCCAGACCCUCGAAUCGAUAAGUCAACCGCCUUCGGAAGAGAAUGAAGGUGAGUGUGGGCGGCGGUUCUCGUCACGAAAAGUUGCCAUGAUCGCGGAGCCGGAAGCCAUUUUGGAAGAGACGCGGGUACCGCAAGUGGACUGGACUGAAGAGAACGACUUUUUCGACGCCGCCGAAAGCGACCUGCCUUUUCCUGGGUAUGGCAAUGAGUUUUGGAUUAAUUUUGAUUCUUUUUGUUUAAGCUGGUUUGAAAUGACAAGAACUUUCUUUACAAGAUUAAAAAUGGCAAGGACUUUCUUUACUGUCUAUAAAAUGGCAAAAACUUUCUUUACAAAGCGUAAAAUGGCAAGAACUUUCUUUAAAUAUCAGAAAGUGUCAUUCUCUACCAUCCUUUUAUUCAUUUCUCUCCAAUCUUUUUAACUUAACCUACUUUACCUUCCUUUAGGUUUGUCGAGCCCUCGUUAUACUGCCUGAAACAAGCCCAACCGCCGCGAUCAUGGGCGCUGAAGAUGGUGAUGAAUCCGUGGUUCGAUCGGCUCACGAUGAUGGUGAUUCUGCUAAACUGCUUCACACUAGGCAUGUAUCGGCCGUGCGAGGACGGGCCCGACUGCAAUACGUAUCGAUGUUUCGUACUGGGACUUGUUGAUCACAUGAUUUUUUGUUACUUCGCUGCUGAAAUGGUAUGUUGCAAUAACUUUCUUUACAAAACAAAACAUGGCAAGAACUUUCUAUACAAUUCAAAAAAUGGCAAAAACUUUCUUUACAGUAAAAAUAUAAAUUUUUUACAAAUUUCUACGUCUUUCGUUUCAAAAAAAAUAAAAAAAUUUAAAUUUUUGUUUUGGCGCCAUUUUUGGCAUUAUGUUUGGCGAUUUUCUUGUUAAAAACGUUACUCUAUGCUAAGUUAAGGUUAAAUAUAGUGCAAAUAACCUUUUCAAACAACCAAAGCUGGAUUUAUAACUUUAUGUUUAAGUAAAGUGGCAGCAUUUGUACAAUAACUUGCACAAUGCAAAAGUUAAAAACAUUUUUUGAAAUUUAAAAUUUUUAACAAAUAAUAAAACUUUUCACGUUGUUAAAAAUGUUGUUCCAGGUGAUAAAAGUAGUUGCGUUGGGAUUUUCCGGUGAAAACGCUUACCUCUCGGAUACGUGGAAUCGUCUCGAUUUUUUCAUUGUCAUUGCCGGGUAAGUCAAUAUAAAUUUUUGAAAUUUAGGUUAAAAUGUGCAUAAUACUCUUGUAAACCUUAUUUUUAUUUUUUUAAUUAAAACUAUUGUUUUAAAAUGGCAAAAACGUCAUUUUUCUCGUUUUCAUACUGCGCCCAAGCUUUGCGCAGGCUGCAGAAUGCAAGUUUUUGAAAAGAUGGAUUUUAAUGACAAAAUUAGUUUUGUAGAAACAAGGGUGGUGGUAAAAUUGUGAUAAUACAAAAUUAGAAUACUAUUUUGAUGUAUAAUUAUUUAAAAUUUCAGUAUUGCGGAGUAUCUUCUUCAAGAAUACUUGGGUAACAUUAACUUGACUGCUAUUCGUACAAUUCGGGUGUUACGACCGCUUCGCGCAGUCAAUCGUAUUCCAUCAAUGAGAAUUCUGGGUAAGGCGACUUCAAAUAAUUUUAAAAAAUUUUUUUCAAAUUUGCACCGUGCAAACAAAAGUUGACUUAAAAUUGCACCGUGCAAUCUUUUUUAAUUUUUAAAAUUUUUAAAACGCAAAAACCUAAAAUUCUCAUUUCCAAAAAAUUUUUCAGUAAAUUUAUUGUUGGACACGCUGCCUAUGUUAGGCAAUGUGCUGUUGUUGUGCUUUUUCGUCUUCUUCAUCUUCGGCAUCGUCGGCGUUCAGCUGUGGGCGGGGUUGUUGAGGAAUCGAUGUGUUAUCAACCUGCCCCAAACCAACUUUUCACACGAAGUCACGGAAAUCGUGUUUAAAAACGUUUCUCUUACAAGGUUGGUGAAUAUUUUACAUUUACUUACACCUAAAAGCCACAAUGAUUUAUUUAGCUUGUGUCCCACUACGAAAACCUUCAUUACUAAUUUUUAAGUCAGAAUUGCUUUAAAUUCUAGGUAAAAUAAGUCAAAAUGUCAAUUUUACUGCUAUUGAUAUUUUUUAACAUACAAAAUAAUAAUUUUGUUAUCUUUGGGUCUCACCACGAAAACCCUGAUUUUAAAAUAAAUUCAAGAAAAGUUGAUUAAAUUUUAAAAAAAUGUUUAAUAUAUUGUUUUUAAGCCUAAUUCAAAACUUUUUUUUAAAAUUAAAAUUUCUAUUUGAUUUGGGUCCCGCGACGGAAAUCAUGAUUUUUCAAUAUUUUGAUAAUUUGCGGUUUUAUAAGCUUUAAUUUUACUUUAGGCAUUACAUUCCGGAAGAUACCUCACUAGACUACAUUUGUGCCCUAUCCGACGCCGGUGGCAUUCACACAUGCCACAACCUACCACCCUACACCGAAGACGGUGUCAGUUGCAACUUGACGAUCGAAGAGUACGACAAAGUGAGUACCAAUUCGUGCAUCAACUGGAACAUCUACUACAACGAGUGUCGUGGCGUUUUCAAGAACCCCUUCCAAGGCUCAGUGUCAUUCGACAACAUUGGCUUUGCAUGGGUCGCCAUCUUCUUGGUGAUCAGUUUGGAGGGCUGGACUGACAUUAUGUAUUACGUACAGGAUGCCCACUCCUUCUGGAACUGGAUCUACUUUGUGUUAUUGAUUGUGAUUGGAGCGUUUUUUAUGAUCAAUCUAUGUUUGGUCGUCAUUGCUACACAAUUCGCGGAAACCAAGAGGAGAGAGACUGAGAGAAUGCUUCAGGAACGGAAGAGAAUGAGAUCUGUUUCAUCGUUGAGUAAGUUAUUUAUUCUUAGAGCUUAAAGUUUAGGUAUGAUUUUUUUGUUCUUAAAUUUUAUAGUUAAGGUAUGAACGGGCUGGGAUGUGUGAUUUUGGGGCUUUGGGUGGAAGUAUGACAGAACCGGGAGGGUGAUUUUGGACUUUGAUAGGGAUAGAGCAGAACUGAAAAUAUAAAAAAUUUUUUGACAAAAAAACGAAAAAUAUCAUUUUUAUUCUUUAGAAACCUAAAUUUUUUAAAUUUUAAAGUUUUAGUACGAAAAACCAAGAAUCUGUGACAUGUGACGAAAUGUCAAACAAAAUAUCGGAUUUUAGGUCGUUUCGGCGAAUUUCGGAAUUAUUCUUGAAAUUUGUGUUUUAUUUUCGAAAAGCUCUGAUAAUUUGAAUUUUUAGGUAAUAAAAUUUAAUAAAUCUUCUAACUUUGACGAAACGUCACAAAAAAUAUUGAAUUUGGCUAAUUUUCACAGAUUUUUCUUUAUUUUUGGUAUUUUACUUUACUUUUACCUAAAUUAUUGAUAACUUAAACUAUUUAUGCUGAAUCUUCAAUAAUUUAAACAUUUCAGCCAGUAGCGAGCAAGGUGGAGCCACAUCCUCGAAAGAAGGCGGUGGUGAUAGUGUUUAUGCUGCGUUGGUACGUCUGGUUUCGCAUUGGUUUCGCCGGUUCAAACGCUACACCGCCAGGAAAUGGACGGAAUAUCGAGAGAAACGGGGAAACAAGAAUGCUCAAGAGAUGGUCAGUUUGAAGGAUGCGUCGUUCGAAAUCGACCAUUCCGUCGACCGAAAUGCCGGAGGGUCGUUGAAGGAGAAAGGGCCAAGGGAGAAUCAUGAAGAGACUAGACGAUACAGUUUGAAUCACAAAAGUAAUGGCAGUAAGUUUUUUAAAUAUCUUUUUAAGAUUUUUAGGUAACAAGUUGCAAAAAUGGCAAGAACUUUGUUUCAAAAGCAAGAAAUGGCAAAAACUUUCUUUACAAAACUAGAAUGGCAAAAGCUUUCUUUACAAAGCAAAAAAUGGCAAAAACUUACUUUACAACACCUCAUUUCAGAAGUAAAACAAAACCUGAGUGUGGUGGAACGAUGGGAUGAAGUUCGUCGUACCGAAGAACUGAAUGCCGAACUCAUGGACGGUGACGAGACCUCAGCUCCACGUUCUCGCCGUUCCACAGCCGGUCGACGUGCCAAAUCCGGUCCACAAUCCGAAUGGGGAAUGCGAUUGCAAUGGUUUCGCGACAAAGUCAAGGACUUUGCCAAUGGAAAUCACUUCACUCGAGGCAUUUUGAUCGCGAUUCUGAUCAACACCGUCCUCAUGGGUAUCGAGCAUCAUCAGCAGCCCGAGUUCUUGACUGUAAGCUUGGAGUACACGAACUACUUCUUCACUGGUCUUUUCGCUUUUGAAAUGUUGUUGAAGGUAAUAUCAGAUGGACUGUUUGGGUAUCUGGCUGAUGGCUUUAACAUGUUUGAUGGAUGUAUUGUGGUACUAAGUGUACUGGAACUGUUUCAAGAAGGCAAAGGAGGAUUGAGUGUGUUGCGAACGUUCAGAUUGUUGAGGAUUCUGAAGUUGGUGCGGUUCAUGCCGGCAUUGAGGUAUCAACUUGUGGUCAUGUUGAAGACCAUGGACAAUGUCACGGUGUUUUUCGGGUUGUUGGUCUUGUUUAUCUUCAUUUUUAGGUAAGUAAGACGUGGAAAAUAUAUUUUUGGCCUUAUUUUUCUAUAUUUUUAACAAAUAAUUCUUUUUCUUACCUAAAAACCUAUAUUAUUUUACCUUUCAAUCCCUUUUUUUAGUGAAAAAAAACUUUUUCUAGCCUAAAUUUUUAUGAGAAAACUAACAAUAAUGUUUGCCAAAGUAUUCUACUCUCUUACUAUAACCUUUAUUCUUUAGUAUAUUGGGUAUGAAUUUGUUUGGCUGCAAGUUUUGCGCCAAAGACGAGCCGAUCUUCGGGCACGAGGUGAAACGAUGUGAGCGUAAAAACUUUGACUCGCUUUUAUGGGCAUUGGUAACAGUAUUUCAAGUAAGAUUAAACCACAAUCAACUAUUUUUGUGUUGUUUUAUGAUGUUUUAAUUUUCUGUUUCUAUUUUUUGUUGUUUUACAUUGGUUUUUUCAACUUUUGCUUAACUCGACUAUCAUGGAUAAUAUCGACAACCAUUUCAAUGUCCUUUCCGUAAAUAAAUUGAUUUUUAGUGUUGUGUUGUGUAGUAAAAUAUGUAAAGAUUGUAUUGUAGUAUACUUGGAAUGGAUUUGUUUGGAUGCAAGUUCUGUAAUCAAGCCAGGAAUGAUUGUGGUGAAGAUGUGGAUGAUCACCAGAAACGGAUGCAUUUUGACUCGUUGUCGCGUGCUAUGUUGACCACCUUUCAGGUAUAUGUUGUGAAUUGUAUUGAGGUUGUUUUGACGAAUAUUGGUGUUAAUUAGUGUUGUUUUAGUUUGUUUUUGUGUGUUGAGGUCAGAUAUCAUAGAUAACAUAAGGUUUUUGAUGUUUUUAGUGGCUUGAUUGGAUUGUAACUGAGGAUAUAUGUUUAUAAUAUUGUAUAUUAGAUUGCUUUACAUAGUUUUCAUUUAAAAAUGAAAUGUUUUACAUUUUAAAAUGACUCAUUUUCUAGAUUCUAACUCAAGAAGACUGGAACAUGGUCCUAUUCAACGGCAUGGCCCAAACCACCCCUUGGGCUGCUUUAUAUUUUGUAGCCUUAAUGACUUUUGGUAACUAUGUGCUCUUCAAUCUACUGGUAGCUAUCUUGGUCGAAGGAUUUCAAGAAAGUAAAGAAGAAGAGAAGCGAAAACUAGAAGAAGAAGCGAGAAAGCAUGCUGAAGAUGAACAAAGCAAACAACAAGCGGAAAUCAAAGAACUUAUAUACACAACAACAUCACAACAGUAUCUGGAAGCACGACGGAGUAUUCAACAGAAUUGUACUUGUGCACAAGAGAACAUAUCAAGCUUGAGGCAGAGGUUGGAGGUACAUCAUCGGACGAGGAGUAUUGUUUCGGCUGAUGUAAGUGGGGAGGGUGUUUUUGAAUGGAGUUUUUGAAAAAAGUUUGUUUUUGUCAAAAUAGACUAGUCCAUUGUUAAAGAAAUGCCAAAAAGACAUUUUUUACCUCACUGUAAUUUUCAAGUUACAGUAAUUUUACUCAACCACUGUUUCACACUUUUUUUUAAUGAUUUUCUGGUACAAAAAUAAAUGAAACUGACAAAUCUUUUUGCAGGACCACUUACGCCGUGGUAGUCGUGACACAGUACGCCGUGUUCGUUACUAUCCCAACGGUCCCAACCAUCAUAAUCACCGUCCAUCACGACCACAACUUCAAUCAGAUAUACCGACCCGUUUGAUGCGUCACACUUCGUUAGUACUGCCAUCUCAUGGUCGUCUAGUUGAUGAAAUUCACCCUGAACAUGUUCAGCGACAACGUAUGAACAGUUGGAGUGGGCUUCACACUCUUCUGAACCCAGCCUGCCCAAUUCAUGGCCCCAGAGCAUUAAUUGAAGCCUAUGCCAUGAAUAAGUAUUUGAGGAUGAGUCAGGAUGUUAAUCAAGCAUUGUUGGAGCAGGAGCGUUCUGAGAGCGAAAAGAAGAAGAAAUGGUACAUCAGACUGCUCCAGAAGACCUGGAUCUACACUCGCGCGGACUCAUCGUUGUUCGUGUUUUCUCCAAAGAACAGGGCCAGGAUAUUCUGUCUCAAGUUGACCCAAAAAAAGUGGUUUGACUACACCAUCUUGGCCUUUAUCGGCGUGAAUUGUAUCACAUUGGCCAUGGAACGGCCGUCAAUUCCGCCAUAUAGUGUAGAAAGGACGUUCCUCACUGUUACCGGCUAUAUCUUCACUUUUAUUUUCACGGUUGAAAUGACAAUGAAAGUCAUCGCUAAUGGCUGUUUCAUUGGAAAAGGGUCGUAUUUCAAGGAUGGGUGGAACAUACUGGAUGGUAUCUUGGUCAUAAUAAGUUUGAUUAACUUACUCAUGGAAAUGUUCGUCAGCGGGGGUGAGUGGAAACUAAGUUUUUGCGGUCAAAUAAAUGGCAAAAAUUUUCUUUAAAGUACGAAAAAUGGCAAGAACUUUCUUUACAAAACUAAAAAUAGCAAUAACUUUUUUUACAAAUUAAAAAAUGGCAAAAACUUUCGUUACAAGUUAAGAAAUAGCAAUAAUCUCUGGAAACAAAGUUUUUUCGAAAUUUAAACAAAUUAAAUUUUUUUUCAGAUUCUCCAAAGAUUUUUGGAGUAAUUCGUGUCCUUCGUCUUCUACGCGCCCUCAGGCCACUUCGUGUCAUCAAUCGAGCGCCUGGAGUAAAACUGGUAGUUAUGACAUUGAUCAGCAGCUUGAAGCCCAUCGGUAACAUCGUACUGAUCUGUUGUACCUUCUUCAUCAUCUUUGGUAUCUUGGGAGUUCAGUUGUUUAAGGUAUUCAUUUUCUGUGGUUUUUAAUAGAAAUGGCAAUAACUUUCUUUACAAGACGGAAAAUUGCAAGAACUUUCUUUACGAGACGGAAAAUUGCAAAAACUUUCUUUACAGCACAAAAAAUGUUAAUAGUUUUCAAUUUCCACCUACUACAACAUCAUUUCAGGGUAUGAUGUACCACUGCCUUGGAGAAGACGUAUCCAACAUCACCACCCGAGCAGAAUGUGAACUAGACCCCAGAAACAAAUGGACGAACCAUCGCUACAACUUUGAUAACCUAGGCCAAGCUCUGAUGUCAUUAUUCGUACUGAGCAGUAAAGACGGCUGGGUCAGUAUCAUGUACCAAGGAAUCGACGCGGUCGGUGUGGACAUCCAGCCAAUCGAGAACUACAAUGAAUGGCGCAUGAUCUACUUCAUCUCCUUCCUCCUUCUGGUCGGCUUCUUCGUCCUCAACAUGUUCGUCGGUGUUGUGGUGGAGAACUUUCACAAAUGUAAGGAAGCCCUCGAGGCGGAAAUGAGGGAAAAAGCGCGGAAAAAGCGAAUUGAGCGACAAAUCAAGCGACAAGAGUACGAGAAGAACUGUCCACAGAAGAAGAAGCCCAAGAAGAGGAAGAAGAACCAACCCUACUGGGCAUCCUACGGUCCUACUCGUGCUACUGUGCACAGUAUCAUCACCUCCAAAUACUUUGAUUUGGCCAUAGCUGCGGUUAUUGGGAUCAAUGUUAUCUCGAUGGCCAUGGAGUUUUACAUGAUGCCAGGAUGGUUGAAGUAUGUCCUGAGGGCGUUGAACUACUUCUUCACUGCCGUCUUCACUAUGGAAGCUAGUAUCAAAUUGUAUGCGUUGGGAUUCAAAAGAUUCUUCAGGGAAAGGUAGGGAAGAGACUUUGUUUACAAGGUCUUAGUAGUGAAAAAAAUGGCAACAACUUUAUUUACAAACUUACAAAUUGCAAAAAUUUUCUUUACAAAAGACAAAAUUGCAAAAACUUUCUUUACAAACUUACAAAUGGCAAGAACUUUCUUUACAGCCUAAAAACUGAUCUCAUUUUAGAUGGAACCAACUGGACAUGUUCAUUGUGAUCUUAUCCAUCGCUGGUAUCAUUUUCGAAGAGUUCGAAGCCCUCGAACUGCCAAUCAACCCAACCAUCAUUCGAGUGAUGCGAGUUCUUCGAAUCGCUCGAGUUUUGAAAUUGUUGAAAAUGGCCAAAGGCAUCAGAAGUCUGUUGGACACGGUGGGAGAAGCGUUGCCUCAGGUCGGCAACCUUGGCUCUUUGUUCUUCUUGUUGUUCUUCAUAUUCGCUGCUCUUGGCGUGGAAUUGUUUGGAAAAUUGGGUAAGGAAUGGCAUUUACUUGUAUUUUUGUCGUGGGGUAGGGUAAAAUAGGCUAGGGUAGCUUAUUUUUGGAUACAGUGGGAGCGAUGGUAGGAGUAAUGCGGGGUAAAUCAGGAGAGGUUGUACAGUACGGUAGGUUUUGGUAGAGCGAGGUAGGGAAAAAUUUAUGUUUACAAGGUCUUAAAGUAAGGUAGAGUAGAUUGGGUAGGAGAGGGUAGAACAGACUAGGUUAGUCUACUGUAAGAGCUGGUGUGGUGGUAGGGGCGCUGUAGAGUGAAUUAAGGUAAGGAUAAUGUAGUAUAAAUCUGGUCAAGACACUCUAGUUUUGAGAUCAGGCUACUAUAGGUUAAAGGUACGGCAAGUUGGUAGAGUAGUAUAAUCUAAGGCGGGGUAUAGUAACGUAGGGUAAGGCAGGGUAGGGUAGAGUAGUUUAGGGUAGAGUACGGUAAGGUAGGAAAGGGUAAGGUAGGGUAGGACAGAGUAGGGUAGGGUAAAGUAGGGUAGGGCAGGGUAGGGUAGGGUAGAGUACGGUAAGGUAGGAAACGGUAAGGUAGGAAACGGUAAGGUAGGGUAGGGUAGGGUAGAGUAAGGUAGAAUAGGAUAGGGUAGGGUAGAGUAGGAUAGGGUAGGACAGAGUAGGGUAGGGUAAAGUAGGGUAGGGCAGGGUAAGGUAGGAUAGUGUAGGGUAUGGCAGGAUAUGGUAGAGGCUCUAACUAAAAAUCUAAUUUCAGAAUGCUCAGAAGAACACCCCUGUGACGGGCUGGGUGAACAUGCCCACUUCAAAAACUUUGGCAUGGCUUUUCUAACUUUGUUUCGAAUUGCGACAGGCGACAAUUGGAAUGGCAUAAUGAAGGACGCGUUGCGCGACGACUGCGACAAAUCAGAUCACUGUCAGCGAAACUGUUGUGUAGACCCGAUUCUAGCACCAUGCUUCUUUGUCAUCUUCGUACUGAUUUCACAAUUCGUACUGGUCAAUGUUGUAGUAGCAGUGUUGAUGAAACAUCUGGAGGAGAGCAACAAGAGAGAACAGGAUGGUGAAGGUGAGGAGGGAGACGGGUCUGGGCUAUUUUGGGUUGAUGUUGUUUUUCUAAAAGCCUUAAAUGGGGACCAAAAUUAAUGUCUUGAUUAAAAUAUUUUAAACUGUAAUGUAUUAUCAUUUUCAGCUGGCAAAGAUGUAAACCAAAAAGAACUGGAUAAGGACUAUGACAGUGAAAUUGAUGAUACAGAUGCUGAUAUUGAUGUAGAGGCAGAAUUGGCCAUAGAAGAGGUCGAAGCUGACACUAUGGUGAGUUUAAACUACUAAAAAACUACCCUACCGUACUGUACCAUACCCUAGCUUACCUUGCCCUACACUUCUUUACUCUACCCUAUUCUAGUCUACUUUACUAUAGCUUAAUGUACCUACCGUAGCCUAUCUUACUCUACCACACCUUUUCCUAUCUUACCUUACUCUUUUGAUGUUAACUGACCCACUUCAACUAUCUUUUCAUGCUUUAAAACAACUUCUUUCCAGAUGAACAUAGAACGUAAUAUCAUAGAAGUAGAAGACCAGCUAGCCGAAGAAGUGAUGGAUCAAAACGAAAGUGAUAACGAAGAAAGCCCACACUCAAGCAAGACCUCACUACAGUUGUACACGUUCGAAGGACCAACAUUAUUACCUAGAAUAAGGUCGAAUCGAUCAUCGAUUCAAGAGACGUCCAGUUGUUCAGCACUAGUAGUACCUACCGAACGUACUGAACUUGACGUGCAGUUGAAGAGGUCACCAAGUCCUUAG